AUGGAUCAAGAGAGAAAGUUUUUAUUAUUAAAAAAAAGAUUGGAUGCUUUACAUUAUUGCUAACCAUUAGGAAUAGAUUCUGUUCCUUUAGUUGAAAGAUUACUUAAUGAUUUAGUUAAAACAACUGAAGGAUUUCAAUAAUUAAAAAAAUAAUUAGAAGAAGUAUAUUAUUUAUAUGAUAAAAUAGACUAAAAUUAAUGCAGCAAAAUUUGAAUAAUUAUUGUUACCCUUAAAAAAGGAGAAUUAAAGAAUUAUUAAUGAAAAUAAUUAAUUACAUAUGACAAUGAUUCAAAUUAAGGAAGAAUGUGAUAGUAAAGAAAAUAAAUGGAGAUCAUAAGUGAGAAUGUUAGAAAGUGAGAGAAAUGAUUGGAAAUUUAUCUUAAGUUAAAAAAACAAUGCUGAGAAGAAAUUGCAAGAAGAAUUAUUUAAAAAAAAUAAUGAAAAUAAUUUAUCAUCAAGUAAUUAACCAGAUAAAACAUUAAAAUUAGUAGAUCAAAUCUAAGAUUUAGAAAAGAAGUAAUUUAAAUAUGAUUACCUAUACUAGAUUAUUGUAAGCAUAACAAGAAUCAAGAGAAAAUGAUAAUUCAAAAGUUUUAUUAGAAGAGAAAUACAAACAUUUAGAAUUUUAAAUUGAAAAUAGAGAAAAGGAGAUUUUGAGAUUAAAGUCAAAGUUAGAUAUAUAAGGAACAAAUAUAGAUAAAUUAGCAUAAGAACAUAUUCUCUCAGAAACCCAAUAAAAGGCAUAAAGAACUUAAACACAAUUAGAUUUAUUAACUGAGGAAAAUACAAAAUUAAAUGAUGAAUUAACAAAUUUAAAAAAAGAAUUAUCUCGAAAUAGAAAGAAGCCUAGUUAACCUUAAUAGUAAAGCCCUAAUAAAUCUGAUAAAAAAAAUGAAUUAAAUUAAAUAAAAUAGAGAUUAUCUAUGAUUGAAGAGGAAAAAGACAAAAAUUAAGAAUAAUUUAGAAAAGUAUUAAAUUAAAUAGAAUAAGAAAAAUAAUAAUUAAUUGAAAAAGUUUAGUAAUUAUAUUAAUAAAAUGAAUAAUUGUAAAUAAAAGCUUAAAAUGCAGAAUAAGUAGUAACAGCAUAUUAAACUGACAAGAUGGUUUUUAGUAAAGCUGUAAAUAGUUUAAAGAAUGAUAAAGAAAGUACGGUAUAAACAUUGAAAAAUCUAGAAGAUGAUAAUUAAAAAUUAAAGUAUUAAUUAAAUGAAAUGGAUGAUUAACUUCAAAUAUAAAAAUCUGAAUAUUAAUAAUUAUAGAGAGAGAAAGAACUUUAUGAUAGAAAUUAUUAGAAAUUAAAUGAUGAGUACGAAAGAGAAAAAGAAUUUGUAUAAUAACUAAGAUAAGAUAAAAGAGAUUUAGAAAGAGAAUUAGAUUAAGAAAAACAAACAAUUAGAGAAUUAAAAAUAGAAUUUGAAAGAAUGGAUGUAUCUAAAUAAAAUUUAGAUAAUUUAUUAUAAAAAUUUAAAUAAGAGCAAAAGAAUAGUUAGUAAUUUUAAUAAUAAAAUCCAAACUAAGGUUAAUAACUUAUUAUUGAUUAAUUAAGAAAGGAAAAUGAUUUAUUAAUAAAGGAAGUAUAAACAACAGAAAAUCUAAUAAAAUCAAUAAGAAAAGAAUUGGGAGAGAAAGAUAGAGAUAAUUAUGAACUUAAAUAAUAAAAGCGGUAAUUAAAUGAUUAAUUGAAUGAAUUAGCAUAGAAGAAUGCCAAUUUAGAUUCAUAAGUGAAGUUAAAAAUAUAAGAUAUUGCAUAAUUAGAACAGGAAGUUUAAGAACUAAAAAGAGAAUAAUCGAAGAUGAGAUUAAAUUAAUAAAAUAUCUUAGAAUAAAAAUAAAAGAUUGAGAAUGAUACUGUUGGUGAGUUGAAAUUAUUAUAAUAAUAGAAUAAUUCAUUAAAAUUAUAAGUUUCAGAUUUAGGAAUAUUUAAUUCUUAAUUAGAGGAGAAACUUAAAAUUUCUUAAGAAUUAUUAAAUGAGUAGAGAUUAGAAAAUGAUAAAUUAUAAAUUAAUUUAAGAUAAUAAAGUGAUGAGAAAUUUAAGUUUUAAUAAAAUAUAUUAAGAAAUAAGGAUAAAGAAAUGGAUUACUAUAAUUUGACAAAUGAAAUAGAAAGAUUAAGAGAUUAAGAAAGAAAGAAUUUGAUAGAAAAGGAAAGAUUUUAGAGUGAAAAUCUAAGAUUAGAAUCAUUAAUAAAUUAAUAAUAAAAAUAAAUGGAAUUUUAAAAUAAAUUAAAAGAAGAAGCAAUGAAAGAAGCAAGAGAAUUAAGGUAAAUAAUUAAUGGAUUGAAAACAAAUGAUCAUGAAAUAAAAAACACUUCAAUAAAACUAUCAGAAAAGGUGAAUAAUUAUGAAAUGACUUUAUAAGACAUAAAUGAAUAAUUGUAAAAAGAGAUUUAAAGAUCUAAUAAAUUGUAUAAUGAAUUAACAGAAUCACAAUAAUAAUUAUCUUAAUUUAAAUUAUAAAAAACAGAUUAUGAAAAUUAAAUUAGAUAACUUAAAUUAUUAUGUGAAAGUUUAGAAAAAUAGAAAGAAGAAUUACUUUAAAGAUUGUAAUAAAAGAAUAGUACUAAAAUAGAAGAUGAAAGAUAAGUAUUUUAAUUAAGAGGGGUAAAUGAAAAUUUAGAAGAAAAAGUAAAUUAAUUAUCUGAUUAAAAUAUUAUAUUGAAAAGAUCUUUAGAAUAGUUAGAUUUAGAGAGAGAUGAAGUUUAAAAUUAAUUAGAUGAGGUUAGAGAGACUAAUAUUACAUUAUAAUAAUAGAUAAAGUAAAUGAAUAGUGAAAUCUAGAAAUAAUAAUCAAAAUUAUCUGAAGUAAGUACAAAAGGUGAACGUGGUUAUGAAGCUGCUUAAUAAUUAGAAGAAAAACUUAGAGAUUAAAUUUAUAAGAAUCAAAAACUAUAAAAUGAGAAUGAAAAUCUAAAAUAUACUUUAUAAAUAAAAGAAAAAGAAUUCCAUGAAAUGAAAUCAGAUAUUUAAAUAUUAAGUAAAGAUAAUCAAUCUUUAAAUAAUUAAAUUAUAAAAUGCACAUAGGAAAAAGAAUUAUAAUAAUAACAAAUUUAAUUUCUAUAGUAAUAAGAGAUUAGACUUAAAGAACAAAUUAAAAUGUUUGAUAUGGAAAUGCAUGAUUUAUAAUUAAAUUAUAGUGAAGUAUGUGCAGAGAAUUAAAGACUUACAGUUUCAAUUUAAUAGAUAUCAUUGUAACAUGAAGAAGUACUAUAAAGAGGAGUUGAACUAGAGAAAUAAGAAGAUUUUUUUAAAGUUUAAAUGUAGAAUGCUUCAAAAAGAGAAGAUUAAUAUUAGAUUUAAUUAUAAUAAUAUGAAAGAGAAAUAGAGAGAUUGAAUAGAAAAUCAGAAGAAUAUGAAAGAUAAAUUAGAGAACUAUUAAAAGAUAGAGAUGUAAUUAUUAAAUCUAUUCAAUUAGCAAUUAGGAAAAGAGUAUCAUUCAUAAAGAAAAAUAUCUACAGGAUUUUAGGCAGCUUAAGAAGAUUUUAAUAGAUAAAUUGCAUAAUUAGAAAGAGAAAAAUAAUACAUUGAAAAUGCUAACAGAGAUUUAUAAAAAUAAGUAGAUUUAAAAGAUGCUUAAUUGUCUUGGGAAUAAAAGAGAAUAAAUGAAAUGGAAUAAGUUAUUAUAUAAGAAAGAUAAUAAUAAAUGAAUAUUUUAUAGGAGAUUUAAUAAUUAAAAGAUUAAAAUGAAUAACUUUUAUAAGAAUUAGAAAAAGCAUAUUAACCUUAAAAAUAUAAUUAAAGUAAUAACAAAUAAUCUAUGAAUAUAGAUUAUAAAAAUGAAUCUUCUUAUGUAUCUUAAUAAUCUUAAUAAAGUGGAAUAAAAGAUAAUAGUUAAUUAGAUUAAUCUUCUGGAUGGGAAAGAUUAAAAUAAGAAUCUGAAAAUUUCAAAAAAACAUUGAGUUAAGCAGCAAUUUCAUCAUAAAAUUUAAAAUAAAAGAUGAAAUCUCUACAAAGAGAAUAUGAAAUAUAAUAAAAUCCUUAACAUCAAAGAUAUAUUUGA